UUGAUGAAAGGGAACGAAUAAACUAAAACGAAAGUAGCAACACCAAAAAAUUCCAGACAACGAAAAUGCCCGCCACCAGAGAACUCUUAGUAAAUUACUUCUGUGUCACCGCCAACUCUUAAAUGCACGCUAAUAAGACCAAAAAAUGCGUUUUCCAUUGCGACGCAACGCGAAUGUGCUAGACACGCUCCUAACCGAGACCCUACAAACAUUGGUGGUGCUCAGCAUAAUCGGUUGGCCAUUUAGUGGAAUGCAACAGUGUGAAACGAAGGAUAUGACUGUGCAACAACAACAACAACAACAACAACAACAACAACAACAACAACAACAGCAGCACCAACAAUACAGUAAAGAGCAGCAACUGGUUAUGCAACACCUGCAGCAUCAACAACAACAACAACAACAUCAUCACUAUCAAAAGCAACAACAGCAAGAACAGCAGCACCAAAACUUACAUAAAAUUCCAAUACACACUCUACAACAAAAACAACAAAGUAUAGCGAGUGGCACACCCUCGUCAGGAUCAGCAUACGAAUACGCCGAGUUCGCUUUGACGACCGCAACCGUAGCUCAACCAGUAAUAUCCUCAUCACUAGCGGCAUCCUUGUCAAUGUCUUCGUCGUCGGGGUCGGCCUGGCCGUCCGGGUCGUCAUCAUCAUUAGGCACGCAUGACAUGCACCACUCGGCUCCAACAAUAAUUACAAUGGAUUAUCAGCACAAAAGUGUGCCCACCAGUUCCGCCAGCGGCGCCAAUGUGCCGUAUACACAACAUAUAACAACAGCAACGGCAACGGCAACGGCAACAACAACAACAACGAGCAAAUUAUCAGCUAACGAAGUCACUGCCCAUGCCCAAGCUCAUGCCGCUGCCUCAUCUGCUUUUCUGAGUAAUGGAAAUGUUAAUGGUGUUGGUGCUGGUGUUGGUGCUGGUGUUGGUGUUGGUGUUGCUUUUAUUGCUAUUCGGCCUCCGGACAUGAGUCUUCAUUCAACUCAACUGACUUCCACCUCCGUUUGGACCUCUCUUCGACCGCUGCAUCGGGUUUCAAAGGACACGCAACAUAACAGCGCUUACGCACAGCUUCCGCCUAUCAGCAGUGACAGCACAGCAAACGAUUCGCAAGAGAUCGAUAAUAUGGAUUACGUCAUGUCGUCGAAACAUAUUGCUUCGUUGACGCAAGCCACAGACGACGAUGGAGGGGAGACGAGCGCGGAGCUGAGUGCGACGCCAUGGGCCCCGGAAUAUGCAAAUACCAAUAAAAAUAAUAAUAGCAACAGCAACAGCAACAACAACAGCAGCAGCAGCAACAGCAACAGCAACAGCAACAGUAGCCAUAAUAGUAAUAAUAGUAAUAGUAAUAAUAAUAAUAGCAAAAAUGAAACACUGGACGAUUUGAUGUCCUUAUCGUUAUUAAGCGCAAGCGACCAUAAUAUGGAAAUGUCGACCAUGACACAGGCUCAGGCACAGGAAAUGGCGUUAGAUGCGUCCUUGACAUCAUCGAACUUGGCUGAUGCGCCAUAUUCGCCCUCCUCGCUGCCGUCCUUUGCUGCGGCAGAGUCAGCCUCCUUAACAGCCGCCGCAGCUGCUUCCGACGACUCAUAUGCCGGCGGUGUAAUGUCCGCCUCGAGCAACUCGAAUCGCAAAUCAGCGUACGACCGAACUGCCACCGAUGGGAGUAGUGCAGGCAAUAACUCUUUAAGAAACAACAACAAUAACAACAACAGCAUGCAACAUCUUGGCACUCAACGUGUUGCACUGAAGACGACAGCAAAAACAAAGACGUUUUUAGCCACAGAACACUCACAUCAGCAUUCAGCAGGAAAAUCACAAGCGACGACAACUGCUGCCACCGCAGGUGGUGAUACCAGCGGCACACCAGCCACUGCCUCGGGCCGUCAACGUGGCUCCGCCAAAAAGUCGGUGGAGAGCAAAUACAUUUUGCCCAAACCACAAAAGACCGAUGCGCCAAUGCUCAACUACAUAUUCGAUACUUUCUCAUCGGCGAAUAAACAUCAUCAUCACGAUCAGAGAUAUGGUCCACACUUUGAGGAUGUGCAACGCGUGGGACAGCCAACGAAUAUGACGGUGCAAGCGGGUAGCAGCAUACAUUUGAAUUGCAGAAUUUCGCUACUACAAGAUAAGACUGUGUCCUGGGUGCGCCGCAAUGCACAGGGCGAGAAUGCACUCGAUCUGCUAACGGUCGGUUUGCAUACAUACACCGGCGAUAAACGGUAUAAAAUGGAAUUUCAAUAUCCCAACAACUGGCGACUGAAAAUCACGAAUGUGAAAAAAGACGAUGAAGCUAUGUAUGAGUGUCAGAUAUCUACACAUCCGCCACGCGUGAUACAGAUUUAUCUCUUAGUGAAUG